CAGGAAGAUUGGUGAGGUGAGGUGUAUAGGUACCGAGUUUGUAUAUUUGAAUAAUAUGCAGAUUGCAGAAGACGAACUAAUUAUAGUAUAGAUAUUUCUUGGUAGGCCGUAGGCGUUAUCGUAUACAUGUAUAUUCACUCGAUGCGUUCGCACGUGCUGAGGUGUUUAUCGUGUAAUUUGUAAUGUUUAUUGUCGCGUGAACUCGACCCCUAUAAUCGAAGUGUUUUUUUUAAUAAUUUUAAAUAUCCUAUAUCGAUAAAUAUGAAUAUCCAGACAGUAUUAAUUUUUAUUGGACUCUCGUUUGCAUAUGGACAAGAUAGGAAGAUAACGGCAAAACUAAAUCCAGGAUACAAUACACUUUCAUCAGACGUAACGUUAGUAUAUGUCAAAUGUGAGGGGGUCUCGGACACGAUACACCAGAUAUGGGACUUUACACGACAUAUGCCUACUGUGAUAUUUGCAGUAACGAGUGUUAACUCCACUUUAAAUGUUACAUGGACGGAUAAUGUACCGAAAAACUUAAUUUUGUCAGAGGAACCAACGUACAGUUUUGCUACAGCAAUUGACAAGGUCUAUGAAUACGAUGACUUAGACGAUAAUGGUCACAUCGACCCAAAGUUCCCCCAGAAGCCGUACCCGCUCGACAGAAUUGUAUGGAAUCUCAAUGAGAGUCUCCUGACCGAUAAAGAAGCCAUGGUGCACGUCUAUGGUACGUUGAAUGACAGACACGGGCGUCAGGAAACUAUUCACAUAAAGCUGGACCUAAUCCCGUUCAAAGACUACGCAGUGGAUCUCCCCCAUCUCAUCCACACAGCUAACUCGACGCUGUUUGAUAUCAGCCUAGUCAACUUGACCACCAGUAAAGAGUACAACGCGUCUCGUUAUGCGAUACACUUGCUCCUGGUCAGCACUGACCCUGAGACUGAUACCAUGCACUAUACCAUGAGGAAAAGCUUGGAUGAUGAGCAUACGCCUGGAGUUUUUGAGAUAAUAGAGAUCAAGAGCCCUUCGCUGUUCGAGGAGGGCGAGGGGGGCUACCUUCAGUUCCGCCCCGUCGCCUACCUCCAAAGCACGCGCGGCGUUGCCAGCUCGGCUAUCGCUCGAGUGUCUGCCUUCAACAGAACGUACUUACCUAGACACAGUACGCUGAAGCUGUUCUACUCCAGACUGAACACCGACCUGCUGGUUCAGGAUAUGUUCGUGUCGUUCGGAGAGGCCGGCGAUGGGUACUACAAGCAACAUAACUACACUGCUUGGUCCUUCACAAUCGGCUACGGAACACCUCCAGUAGAGAGUUUCUCGUUCUUCGUCAUCAUGAUUAUAUCUAUAGGUCUCGGAGUGCCUGUAGUAUUAGCUCUAUCUGGCAUUACCUAUGUGCUACUAAGGCGAUACAGGCAACGUAACAAUAGGACUAGGUUCACUAAUGAGGACUAAAUAUUUUCGACAUAUUUUUGCAACCAAUCAAAACCGGGUUCCUAUAUUUAGAAACGAUUCGUUUUGUUAACGGACGGUCAUGCUUAAAACGUGUCGUGGACGAAAUUUAAUGGUUCGUAAACAAAAUGAAUCUUUGAUUUUUAUGGACCUGGUAUUUAGUAAAUUGUUUUUAAAUCGAUAUUUCUGUGAGAUCCCUAGAGCGGGAUACACUUGUAUAAAUACAGGUAAGUAUAAUAAAUAAAUAAAUGUAUUAUUUAUUUAAUAUUAUGUGAAUUCGACUUUAGGUUGCUGGCUAUGGAAUGUCCCAAAUAGAUCUGUCAGAGUUACCAGUAAAAUAAACGUUGAUCAGUAAAAGUAAAAAAAAAUGUAUUGUUCAUUUAA